UCGAAACAAACGGCCUCAACUCCUAUCUUUCCAUUGACAACUAGGAAGCUAAUAGAAGCUAUUACUCGAUGUAAUGGCAGUCCUUACAUUUCUCAAGCUGUGGGCAUUUACAGAAAUGAUGAUUCUAUGUGCUGGUGAGAUCAAACACAUGCAAAACAUUGCACUUAACAAAGCGUGCCAAAUGAGCUCAAGGUACAUCAUCGCACCAGGCAGGAUGACAGGCGAGUGCUCAGCAGCUAUUAAUGGAGACACAAACACCAUCUUAGACCUGGCUAGAAGUAGGUCUAACUGUAUUAACAACAAACUCGAUGACACUUCACCUUUCUGGUCGGUGGACCUGGGACAGGAGUUCAGCAUAAACACGAUCUCCAUCUACGGACGUGCUAACUACACAAACAGAAUGGGCUGCGUUAAUGUUUCGCUUGAUGGAAAAGUCGUCAAAAGAUUCAGUAAUACGAGCGUGUGGACCAACGAUAGAUAUGACAUCACAGUUGGUCGUAGUGGACGGGUGGUCAACAUCACCAAAGACUGUCUUGCUGAUGUGUAUUCAAUAAAUCUUUGUCAGGUACAGGUGUGGGUGUGUGAAGACGGCUGGUAUGGAGACAACUGUACACAAGUCUGUGGUCACUGUGCUGGUGGCUCUGUCUGUGACAAGAUCAACGGGAACUGUACAUCCUGCCAGACAGGCUUCCAGUUACCAAAUUGUACAGAAUGUAAGGACGGUUGGUAUGGAGAGAACUGUGGUGAAGUGUGUGGACAUUGUCUGAGAGGUAACACUACCUGUGACAACAAAAUCGGAUAUUGUCCUUCCUGUGGUGGAGCAUUUCAACCACCUCUGUGCAAAGAGAAGUGCAGUGCUGGGUAUUACGGUCAAAACUGCAAACAGACAUGUGGACAUUGUCGUGUUAACACCACGUGUGAUCCUGAUAAUGGCACGUGCACGUAUGGAUGCUCAGGGGGCUACAAGGAGGGUCUGUGUAGCGAAUGUGAAGAUGGUUGGUAUGGAGACGACUGUACUGAAACGUGUGGACAUUGUAUGGGAGGUAGCUCUACAUGUGACAAGAAAUACGGAAGCUGUUCCUCCUGUGAUGGAGCAUUUCAGCCACCUCUGUGUAAAGAAACUUGUCAGGACGGUUGGUAUGGGAAAAAUUGUCUUGAAAGGUGUGGUCACUGUGUGGGAGGUAACUCUACUUGCGACAAGACAAGUGGAAGUUGUCCUUCUUGUGACGGUUCAUUCCAACUACCUCUGUGUAAAGAGUCGGUGAUGCCAUCGUCUAAUGACAAGGAGACUGUUAGUCUGGUGGGUCCUGUGGCUGGUGCUGCUGCCGGCUGUAGUGUCCUUUUCUUUAUUAUUGGUGGUCUCUUUGUAUGCUGCAUCUUCAGAAAAACACGAUCUCGCCAUUCUGCUGGAGCGGUCCGUUCUCCGGAUGAAAUCUCAAUGACUUUUGGUUCCUCUAUGGCCACUCCUCGCUCAGAGAAUACUCCAGACAUCACAUCUCCAGAGAACAUUUCAGACCCCAGCGUCAACGUCUACGAUAAACUUCACGCUCGUGCCAACGACAACACAGCCGCCUACUCCUCCAUUACAUUGCACACGGACAGCAAGGACACUACGACAGCCACUGAAUAUGUCAACAUAACAAGCACUGCUAAUGACAAGAACCGUUACAAGAGAAAUCAAGGAAAAGUAGUUCGACAGUAGUUUUCAGCUAUCCUCGUGAAGAACUUAAGAAAUUAAUUACUUUGGAAAUGAACUACUAUACUUUAUUU